UUUUUCUGAGGGGGGGCAUGUUAAACUAAGAAGCAGCAACUAACUCAAAUACUGUGUGUGUGUGUGUGGACGGCGGGUGUGUACUCAGAUGGUCUUGUGUUGCCGUUUGUUUUCCCUGUCUCAACUUGCUCAGUGACCCUCCGAGUGUGCUGGUGGUGGUUUGUUGACCAUGCCUCACUGUCGCUUAACAUAUUUUCGCAUGAUGGUGUUCUAAGUGUAGUGAAGGUGGUUGUGAUAUGAGUGGUCACACGCACUUUAAUGAUUAACCCUGUUUAUACUUCAACACAAGGUUUACAGAUGCACUUUAGUUUGAGAAGUUCUUGCAAGUAUAUGGAGCAGGAAGCCUUUGUGUUGGCAGUGCUCUGUGGCAGCUGUAGCACUACUUGCUAAGCAGCUUAGAAACACAUCAAUGAUGCAUGGUAAAACAAUACAUAUUUUAUAAAACAACACACACAUACAGCAUGGACUUCGGGACUUGAGUCGUAGCUGACCAGACUGCGUGCGUACCUCCCUCAUCAUGAGCUGGAGUUUCCUGACGCGUCUGUUGGACGAGAUCUCCCACCACUCCACCUUUGUGGGGAAGAUCUGGCUGACGGUGCUCAUCAUCUUCCGCAUUGUGCUCACGGCGGUCGGCGGCGAGACCAUCUACUACGACGAGCAGAGCAAGUUUGUCUGCAACACCCAGCAGCCCGGUUGUGAGAAUGUGUGCUACGACGCCUUUGCCCCGCUUUCACAUGUCCGCUUCUGGAUCUUCCAGGUCAUCAUGGUCACCACUCCCACCAUCAUGUACCUGGGUUUUGCCAUGCACAAAAUCGCCCGUAUGGAUGAUGUUGAGUACCGGCCUCUUCAUCGGCCGGGCAAGAAGACGCUGCUGGUCAGCCGGUCAGUGGCCAGGGACUACGAGGAGGCGGAGGAUAACGGUGAAGAGGACCCCAUGAUUGCGGAGGAGAUCGAACUGGAGGAGAAGAAGAAGAAAGAAGCAGGCUCUGUGAAGAAGCACGACGGCCGUCGUCGUAUCCAGAGGGACGGCCUGAUGAAGGUGUACGUGUGCCAGCUCAUCUCCCGCACGGCCUUCGAGCUCUCCUUCCUGUUCGGCCAGUAUGUCCUGUACGGCUUCGAGGUGGAGCCCUCGUACAUCUGCACCCGCUCGCCUUGCCCACACACGGUCGACUGCUUUGUGUCUCGCCCCACGGAGAAGACCAUCUUCCUGCUGGUCAUGUAUGUGGUGUCCACCCUCUGUCUCCUCAUCACCGUCCUUGAGAUCCUGCACCUGGGAGUGGGAGGGAUCCGGGACACCUUCAGGCGCCGCGCCAUCCGGCACCCCCCUCCGCCAGGCCCACGUGGAUCCCACCUCCAGGGGAGGCCCCUGGGCCUGAUUCCGGCCUCUUCCCCGCCUGGGUACCACGCGGCCCUAAAGAAGGAGCCUCGCGGGGGGCUGAAGGCUGAUCCCCUGGGGGACUCUGGCAGGGAGAGCCUGGGAGACGACCCCUCUGCUCCUGGGUACCUGGAGCACCUGAAGAGGCAUCUGAGAAUAGCCCAGCAGCAUCUGGACCUGGCCUACCAGAACCAGGCGGGGGAGGGCAGCUCCGAGAGGAGCAACAGUCCAGAGUCCAACAAAGCUGCCGCUGAGCAGAAUCGUCUCAACUUCGCCCAAGAGAAGGAGGCCGAGGCCGGGGAGAAAGGAGUCCAUGCCUGAAUGAGUUUCCUGUGUCUGAUGUCUGCCCUACCCCCGUUCCCUGGCCCUCCUAGGACCAGCCAGCACAUAUGGGAAAGCAGUCAGAUGACUGAGGUGUGCGUGUGUGUGCGUGCAUGUGAGAGUGUGCCUCGCAGUAUUUAAGGGCCAGUACAAACCGUGAAGAUGAAACUGCACAAGCCUGGCUGUCUGGCAUCUGCAGCAUCAGGGACUGGCUCUACCAUACAGCCUGUUUGGUCUUCUGGUUCUGGUAGUUGUUUGUCACACGCUCACAAGCUGCCGGGAUCAGAGAAGAAGACCUUCUCCUCCCUACACCCCUGUUCAUUCGAUCAGGCUUUAGUUAAUUUUCUUUAUUUUGUAUUUUUUGUACAGUUUUUCUACAUUUUGUCCAUUCUGGUGUCUGUAGUUUCCUGGAGUGAUGUGGGCCUUGUCUGUUUGCUCGUGCUAAAGGAAAUCUAUAUUUUUGUUAGUCUAAUUGAAAGAGGCUGGCAUAGUUCUCAGUGGCCACAGAGGGACUUUAAAGAUCCCAACCUUCUGGAGAGUUCUUUUGCACAGGGAUGAAGAUGUUGUGUAUGCAAGGUACGUGUGCGUGCAAAGCUGUUUUAGCAUGUGCUAUUCCAUGUGACUUAUCUGUGCUCCAAGCAUGUUACACACUCUUUCAUAUUGGCCAAACCAAUACCUGGGAAAUGCUUGAAUCACAAACUGACUUAAAACUGUUUCCGAUUUAUAUUGUAAGACUUCUAAAUUGAACUUUUGAUGUUAACUAAUUCAUGCUGGGGUAAAUGGUGUCGUUUUGUUCUGUUUUUUCAAACUGUUUUGAUUUUCCUAGAGGAUGUGUUCGUUCACAAUGACGAGUACCGUUUUCUAAAUGCUUUUUUCAGAUCUUCAAAAAUAUAUUUUUAAUGAUGUAAACCCAAGACAUUAAAUACCACAACUCAUUUCAUGUUCAGCUCAUCCAUAUUUGAGCUGUUUGCCUCUUUUGUACUUCCUGGUUGUGAGCGAGGAGUGCCAGGUGUGUCUCAGUUUUACCUGGCAUCUCCUGUGUUGCCCCUUUCCUGAUACGCAACCAAGUCUAAACAUGCCUUGUUUGGUCUUGGAAUUUAUUAACCUAGAAUGUUCUCUUCACUAACAUAACCCCUUCACAUCAGUAUGUACAACAUAGUAAAAAAAAAAAAAAAAAACAAGAGAGAGCCCCUAUUGAGACACACCUAUGUCCUCGACUCUACUGUGACAUGGUUCUCUUUUAUUCGAAGAGUUCUACGUGUAGCUGAUAAUGAUCUUCAUGUAGGUUCAUAAUGGAACACUGUGGAGGGAACAUCGGCUCAGCUUUCCUUCACAAUCCGUCUGAUUCAACAUUCUGAUAUUUGGAUGCUUCUCCUCUGAUGGUACGAAAAGAAUCAAGCUUUGAAACUGGAGAGUUGUUUUCGCACGUUGUGAUGUUUUCGCUGUGUCCUUAUAAUGAGGUGGAUUCUUACCAUUUAAAUAGAGCCAAAUCUUUGGGUUCAAUGGAUUUUGUUAAUGUUUUGGUACAUUUUGUAAUCUGUUACUGUAGAUUAUUAUUUUGAAUCCAGAGUUUCAAAUAAAUGAAUAAAUAUUUUGAACAGAA